AAAAAACAACCUUUUUUGAGAAAUACUGAAACGGUUACUUUUUUCGGCACUGUGUUUUCCUAUUGAAGUGUCAUGGCGUCGGACGGACUUCAGGGGAUGCCAAAGUGGGAGAGAAAAGCACGUUUAUUUUUAUGCACCUUUGGUUUGAUUUUGUCUGUUUACGCGCUGCACGUCGAGCUGUCCCGCGAGAGAAACCCAGAUUACAGGGCGAUGUGUGACCUGGCAGAGUCUGUGAGCUGCUCCAAAGUCUUUACCUCCAGAUGGGGACGUGGUUUUGGUUUGGUCCAGUUCUUUGUUGCCAAAGAUAGUAUCCUGAACCAGCCGAACAGCGUGCUUGGCAUCAUAUUUUACACUCUGCAGCUGGGGCUCGGAUUGUCAAUCGCCAAGAGAGCAGCCAUGUUCCUAGUCUUCUCCUCCUGGGUGUCCGUGGUCGGCUCAAUCUAUCUUGGCGCUAUUCUCGUUUUUGUUCUGGAGGAUUUCUGCAUGGUCUGUGUGUCAACAUACAUCAUCAACUUUGCACUGCUCUUCACCAACUUGAAACGCAGGCGAGCAAUUGAAGGAAUGAAGGUGAAGGCUGGCUAGAAAGUGUUUGUUGAAUCAAGUUUGAUCACCUUCCUUCACCUGCUGAGGCCACGGUGGAGGAGAAUAGCAAAGAAAACAGAACUGGAGACAAGCAGCUUUUUUUUUUUCUCCUGCCUUCAUUUUUUCCAUUAAAAAAAAGCAAUUAUUAUUCCGAUUACACAUAUACUUUCAUUUUUAA